GAAGGAAACAAACAGAGUGAAAGAAGAGAGAGCUCGGUCGGGAGGGGAGAGGACAGGAGAGGAAUUGACUUAUUUACAUCACCGACACAAAGCCUCGGGAGGAAGACAAACUCAUUUUCGAAGAGUCCCUGUUCUUUAACCGAGGUUCAUCGACCGAUUAGAUUUUAAAAUCCACCAAGCAAUGGCCCAAGAGACAAACCAGAGUCCUGUGCCUAUACUGUGUACCACAGGCUGUGGUUUCUAUGGCAACCCAAGGACCAAUGGCAUGUGCUCGGUGUGCUAUAAGGAGCACCUGAACAGACAGCAAAGCAGUGAUCGUAGUCCCAUGAGCCCCCUGGCUGGCAGCCCCUCAGCAGAGGCCUCCGCUAUACAGAGACUAGAAGCCAGCAUAAACAAAGCAGAGCCCUCACCUGCACCCAGUGCAGAUACCAUGAGAGAUAGUAUUCCUUCAACCUCCUUACCGGUGACACAACAGAUGACCGAAAUGAGUAUUUCUAGAGAGGAAAGGGCCCUGUCUCCUAAAGCGGAGGCUGUUGAACCAGUUAUAACACAGCCCACCUCCUCCUACUCCCCCAUCGCUGUGGCUCAGGGCAGCGACGAGGGUAAGAGCCCAGACUCCAUCAAACCUAAGAAAAAUAGAUGCUUUACCUGCCGUAAGCGAGUCGGCCUAACAGGUUUUGACUGUCGAUGUGGUAAUCUGUUCUGUGGAAUUCACCGGUACUCAGACAAGCACAACUGCACAUACGAUUACAAGGCGGAAGCCGCUGCUAAGAUCCGUAAGGAGAAUCCAGUAGUAGUGGCCGAUAAGAUCCAGAGAAUAUAAGCUUUUCCCUCUUUCUCCAAGAACACUGGUGGAUAAAAUGGACAACUUGAAAAACGAACUUGUGUUUUUCGAUCACCUUAAGAAGAAAACGAGAGAACUGUACCGUCUGAGGCUCAUGCAUGAACGAUCUGACAGAUUUUGGUUUUCUAAUAGGUAUUAAUUUCUUUCCGUUUUGUUUUUUCCUCUCCUCUCUGUGGUGUUUUAUGCUAGUUAUUCUCUUUUUUUCUAAAGCAUAGGACACCUUUCAGGAAAUUUUAGCUGUUAUUAUUGUUUUGUUUUUUUGCUUGUUCCCGCCCUCACGCAAUGGGAGUGGCAGAUACUCUGUGCCAAAACGUGGCCGUGUAGUUUCUGAGUAAUUGGUGUUUAGCCUUUGUCUUAUCAUGAAAGACGCUGGAUUUUCAAGAGAUGUGUCAAAGCUCUACCUGAUGGUGUGUGCCGCAUGUGCUGGUCUGCUAAACUGCAGUGUGUCAUUACAGUCUGUUCUAACAAAAUCUAUUGGAAUGUGGGGCCGCCCAGUCGUCAAGGCCAUUUAUUUACCAUUAUUUUAGAAUGUGAACUUGCUACUGUGAUAUCAUACCUUUUCUUUGUUUUAGAAUGAAAGAUUGAGAUUCAUCAGAAGUCAUUUUUUUUUUUUUUUUUUUCCAUCUGUUGUAGACAACUCUGUUCCCACAUUCUAGAAACAAUAACCUCGAAUCUGUCACAACUGCGCUUUAGAGUACCAAUGGUCUGGGAGUUUAUAUGAGUUUUAUUUUUAUUUUUUUUAAUUUUGUGUGAAAAUUACGUAGACUUUUUUAAUAAGACUGUGAGGUGGUGCAGUCAGUUUCCGUGUGAGUGUAUUUGUGCGCACGGUGGGGAAAUUUGCGCACAAGCCCUUCUUCCUGUUGUCAAAGUGAGAUGAGCUAAACCUCCUUAGACAGUGAAUUUGCAACACCGCAAUAGUAUAGGCAUAAAGUCAGACCUGAGUCUGUGAAACAUUGUUCUUUUUGUUUUGAAAUGCAUCCACAAUGCAUUUUUGUGUGUCUGCAUAUGUUUAUCUAAGCGAGUCCGAGUGCAUGUGUUGUGUAUAUAAACGUCUUUUCUUCUGUAGGGAGUGAGGUUUCCUUAAAAAAAAAGAUGUAUCUGUUGAGAGUAUGUUGAAUUUCAGCCUUUAGUUAUAUGCAAAUUUGUAAGAAAAAAAAACAUUACUAUGUUCAUAUUUAUGUAUUGCAUUUAAUCCUUUUACCUGGCAUUAAAAAGUAUUGUAAAUAAAAAUAUACAGAGAGAAAA